AGACUCACAUGGGCUUCCCGGCCGACGUCAUUAUCUGGAGCUUCGCGGACAGGAUGGAGAUCCAUCGCCUCUCGCUCCACAAGGUGUCCGUGCAGUCCCUGUGUUUCUCCCCGACCGAGAACUACCUGGCCACGUUGGGCGGUCAGGACGACAACAGCCUGGUGAUCUGGGACGUGUCGAAGGGCAGCGCCGUCUGCGGCACGCCGGCAGCGUCGGACACCGCACAGUGCGUGAAGUUCUUUAGCGAGACAGACUUCAAGUUGGUCACUGGGGGCAACUACCACGUCAUCAGCUGGGACUUCGACUUGGAGAACAAGAAGCUGAGGUCAUCGCCGGCAAAUCUUGGUCAGCUGAAGCGCGUGGUCACCAACGUCGUGGCGGACCCCGAGGACAAGUACGUGUACUGUGGUACGUCCACUGGCGCCAGGGGGGAAAGGAUUUUGGCGGGUGCCCACCUUUCGCCUCUCUCCUUUGUCCUUCGCUGCCUCCUCCAUCUCCUUCUCUUCUCCCUACCUUCUCUUUCCUCCCUCCUCUCCCGCCCCUCCCUUCUCCUCCCCCCCCUCCCCCCACAUCCUCUUCCUUCCCGCUGCAAGCCGCCGCCCCCCGCCAUCCUGCCGCCUCCCUCCUCUCUUCUCCUCCCCCCAGUCGAGCAUGGACCUCGCGCAAAAGUGUUUUGUUCCUGA